AUGGAGAAGUCUGCAACUUUGGAUUUGGAUAUGUCCGAAAGAGGCACCGCUGUGGAGAAUGACUUUCGCGUGGUGGUUUCACAAGAGCUCCAGAAUUUGCAGUCCGUCAUCGAGGAGGCAAAUGUUCGGAUUGUGAAGCUUCAGUCAGAGAUUGCGGCAUCAUCAAGUGGCUCAGCAGACCUGGCGACAUCACGGAUCUGUGGGCGCAGCUACGGUUUGACAAAGCGGUUGUCUCAACAUCAAAAUCCGGAUGUGCCACCUGAAGAAGCUGCACAACGGUCAUCCAAACGAGAACCGGAAGGUCGUGGCUCCCGCCAGGCUGUUGCUCCACCAGCAGUUGCAGCAAGAGGUCCUCCCAACUCUCCACGGCUUCCUGUUCCUAGAGCACAAACGAAAGAUCCUGAUUUAGCUGGGAAAGAAGACGUCCAGUCCCAGUUUGCCCGGAUCGACACAUCCCAAAACGGUCCCGAAUGA